AUGUCUCUAGACAAAAUUAGCGGGUCGGGGUACACAAGCAUACAUGGGAUAUUCUUAUCAUGCACUAAGAAGGCGUACGGUGGUCAAAAGUACCGCCAAGCGACUGCAAGGAAACACUUCGGCAAAGUUCACAGGCGAAUUCACUGCGCAUGCUCUCCAUUCCACGAAACCAAAGUUGGGAGUAUUGGAGUUCUUCGGACCAUUGCUCGAAAGGAGGGUCACAAUCUUGAGCAGCUGAUGGUGACGGGCAAGACAGAAGGCAAACGUCCCAGAGGACGCAGUCCCACGCGAAGGUCGGACCAAAUUCGGUCUUGUCUGGACAUCAAGAUCCACGAUGCUCUUCACGAGGCCAAGGAUCGCAGCAGAUGGAGAAUAAUCGUACAACAAAGAUUGAUGCAGCGAGGGAGUCACGACCCUCAUGCUUUAAUUGUUGCCGCUUUGGGCACACCAAGGUCCAAUGUAGGUCAAAGCCCAGGUGCUUCAAGUGUGGUCAGGGCCACACUGGAGAUACUUGUAAUGUGGAGGAAGACUGUGUAUCUUGCUGCUUAUGUUCUGGGCUGCACUUUGCUUCGAGCAAAAAGUGUCCAGAGUACGAAUCAAGUUAAGUUCUUAGGAGCUAUUCUUGAUUCUAAACUAACGGGUCAACCACAUUGCGAAUUUGUGGUUAGUAAAUGUGAGCGAAACUUGAACAUGCUGAGAUGUCUCGGUGGGGUUUGGUGGGGUGCUCACCCGGCUACACUGAGGUCGGUGUAUAAUGCUGUCAUUAGAAGUGUACUGGAUUUUGGGACCUUUUUCUUAGACCCAGGUAAUGUGGCUGGCUUUAGAAAACUAGAUCUCAUACAGUCUAGGGCUUUGAGGAUUGUUUCUGGUGCCAUGAAAUCGAGUCCGGUUAAUGCUCUGCAAAUAGAAUGUUGUGACCCUCCUUUAAACUUAAGACGUCAAUAUCUGUCCGAUAGAUUCAUUUUUAGAAUUGUUCAGUUCCAUAAUCAUCCCCUCAUUUCGAAACUAGAGUUUCUUUCUAAAAAAGUACCCUCUUCACAUAAACCUUUACCUUGUCUGUUAAAAAGUUUCCUGAAAUUCAAACAAUUACAAGCCCCAACUCAUUCUUUUCAGGUGCUUCCUUUAUUUGGCGCUUCUUAUGAUUCUCUCUUACUUUCUCCAGUGAUUUGCUUUUCUCUUGGCAUUGAAAAAUCUGAUUUUAAUGCCAAUGAAAAUUUUAAUUGCAAUGUCAAUAGUAAAUGGCCUAACUGGCAUCAAAUUUAUACAGAUGCAUCUAAACACUCCAGUGGGUGUGUUGGUGUUGGAGUGUAUCACAAACAGUACAACAUAGUUCAGAAAAUUAAAUUACCUCCGGAAUCAUCGGUCUUUACCGGUGAAUGUUUUGGACUAUUAAAAGCUCUUGAAUAUGUGCUGUCUUUCAAACUAAAAAAAACCGUUGUAUUUACUGAUUCCUUAAGUGCAUUACAGAGCUUAGCAAAAUUUUCACUAAAACUUAACCCUUUUUUUCAUGUAAUAUUUGAAUGUAAGAGAAAGCUGUUGCACUGCCAAUCACACAACUAUUUAGUAUCAUUUUGUUGGGUACCUAGUCACUGUGGCAUAUCUGGAAAUGUGAAAGCUGACAGUUUGGCCAAUAGUGCUACUGUGACCGGUGACGUAUACCCGUACAAGAAUUUUGGCCAUGAUCUUGCUGCUUUGCCCGGCAUAUGCCUCCACAAAUCGUGGAAUAUGUGUUGGGAAGAGAGCGGCCGGAUUAAGGGUCGUUUCUUGUAUGCUAUACAGUCUUCCGUUCCCAGGAAGCCAUGGUUUGCCAAAUUGUCGUUUGGUAAAACCGCCACUUCUACUAUAAUUCGUAUGCGUCUGGGACAUAACAGCCUUCCAGUUCAUUUGCACAAACUUGUUUCCUUCGUUUUUUAUUAUUUAUAAACUGUAAAUAAAUAAAACGGCGAAUUAUAAAAACGUUAUUACUUGACGCUGGCUAAUGCACAAAACGUGCCAGAGCCAAAAAUAAAGAAGAAGAAGAAGAAUAAGUAUUGAAUAG